AUGGAUCUGGGUGAUGCGAGUCUCCGCACCGUUCGCAUACUGGGCCAAGGCACCUUUGGACGCGUCUUCUUGUGCCUACAGCGCGAGGGUCGUAAUGAACGUAAAGUUUGCGUGAAGCGCAUUAUUAUGCGUAAUCCAAGGAGUGAGCUGGCCCUAAUCAAGGAGGAGAUCUAUAUCAUCUCACAGCUGCGGCAUCCGCAUAUCGUGCAAUUCCUACGCUACUUCAUGCACUCCGGCACGGUUAACAUUGUGAUGGAGUAUGCACCGAACGGCACCAUGCGCGAUGUCAUCCAACGGACGAGCCAAACUGCCAAUGGGCUGCUGGACGAACGGCGGCUGCUGCGUUUUUUUAGUGACAUGAUCCUGGGCCUGGAAUAUCUGCACAUACGCCACGUAAUACAUCGCGACAUCAAGCCGGAGAACAUGCUGCUCGAUGCAAACGAUCGCGUCAAGUACGCCGACUUUGGCAUAUCCAAUGUACAUGCGCCGGACAAGCAGCAGCCGUGGCAGGUGCUCGGCACACCGCUGUACAUGGCGCCAGAGAUAAUGUGUGGCGCUAAAUGUGACUUUAAGUCGGACAUCUGGUCGCUGGGCCUAGUGCUAUACGAGCUGUGCAUCGGUCGCAAUCCCUUUGAAGCGCUGCUCCGACCGAACGAUCCCUUUGGCCAGGUGCGCAGCGUUGUCAAGGCCAUGGUCCAGCCCAGACUGGACUGUCAGGUGAUGCGGCUACGCUACGAACCCAUUUGGGCGCGUCUCUGUGAAUCGAUGGUUGUCUACAAGCCGGAUCAACGCAUUUGCCUGCCCGACCUGAUCUCCAUCGAUCCCCACAUUACGCACAGCAUCUAUGGGCGCUACUUUAAGUAUGACUAUUAGUGAGAAAUAAUUAUUGGCUGU